AUGAAUUCAAUAUCAGAAAAUUUGCGGAUUUCAGCACAAAAUCUCCAGGAACUGAUUUUGGCAAAUAACAAGGUUGCCUCAUACGAAAAGUCUUGUGAUGCAUCAGAUCAGUUACAAGAUAUCCAGAAAUCGCAACCGACUAAAUGCAAUGAAAAUUCUUGGAACAAGAGGGUGAGAGCCUUCUUGCUUUUGAAUAAGAAAAAAUUUCAUGAAGACCUUGCAAAAAUGUUUCCAGAAUCACAAAUGCCGUUCGAGGAUACUUUAUUUGAAUCAGAAACAAGGAGACUAGUCGUUCGUAUUAAGAUCGAAUUUUUUAAACGGUCUUCCGAUGCCGGUUUUCCGAGUGAUAUUUGUGAUGACAUUUACAAAAAAUUUAUCGACGUGAUUCGAUCCAACACCGCUGAACUUAAGGCAAUCAAUGCGUUAUAUUUAAGUUCAACCAAAGAAAAAUAUUCGGAGACAUGUGAACAGCUCGAAGCAAAGUAUGUCGUAAAUCUUCAUUCAAGGCUUCUUGGGGAACCUAAAAGUCUUGAUAAGAUAUUAACCAAAUGUCGCGUUGACAUUUUGGAUAAAUAUGAUGAAAAAGCAUCAAAAUUUCCAUCAUUCAUCACGAAUGAUUAUCGAAGUGUUUUUCAAUAUCGACUGCUUUCCAGGGACACAGAAUUUGCUACACAAUAUCGUGCAUAUACGGAACAGUAUAUGGAUGAUUUUAGAAGGAAUGUGGAUGAUCUGUAUAAUCAGAUCUUGUCUGAUUACCAGAUCCAAGUAAAUACAAACUUACCGACAUUUCCGAUGUCGGAAACCGAAUUGGAGUGUGAUGAAAAGAAAAACGCCACGUCGGACUUUGACUCUAAAACCAAAGCUAUCCCAGGUCGUCAAAGAUCAUCUUCAGAAGCUUAUAUAAAACGCCGAAGAAAAGCCCUAAUUGACAGCAUCAACAUGGAACAAAAUCAUAUGAACAUAUUUAAUAUGGAAUCUUCUGAUUACUUAUGUACAACGCUAUGGGACGAAAAAAUUCAACACAUUCGAGAUGCAGUCAAAAAUGGUGACUACGUCACUAUUACUGAAUACCAAGAGGAUUUCAGGACUUUCAAAGAUAGUUAUGGCCUUGCGGCUAGAGGUCCUGCUUCAAGCAUCGUCUGGAAUAGACGCAAAAAAGAAACGGACUCCUGGGAGGAGAAUAUCGUUAGGUUGCUUAGUGCAAGGCCGUUUAACGGCAAAAACAUGGAAUUCAUAUAUAAUAAUAUAAUGAAUUCUACCCUUACACCUAUCGAUCAGUUAGCCGCGGAUUUAGGAUGGGGAUGGGCUGGUAACGGACAGUACAAACGCGCUUCAACUGGUUAUAAGUGGGUAUGCACCAUGAAGCCGGACGGUUUUUGGAAUGAUAGACCACCAUCAUUUAUGCUCUAUGACUUUAAGCAUGGGUUCAAAAACCUCGUACCGUCCGACCCAAUUAUUGAAUACAUCAACCCUCGCCAAAUUAACACGAGGAUUUAUGGACCUUAUCCUGAUGAUUUCACGAUCACCCGGAAAGUUGAUUACAUUGUUACCGAGCAAUUGACGUGGGAAUCGUCAAAGAAAUUCUCCUUUGACCAGGAGAUCUCGGACUCCUAUAAACAAGGGAUCAAGGAAAUGUGGGAAACUUCGAUUGGACUCCGAUUUGGGUUCUCGCAAGAGUUAUUUAAUAAACAUGGGCGGACCAAAACCUUCACUAGGACAGAGUCCAACACAAGUGAAAUCUUUAUUCCUGCAGGGAAAAGGAUCAUGGUAACUAGCAUAGUUAGCGAUCAGUCAAUCACCGUUAACUAUAUUGCCACACUGAUCGUCACUGCGAGUUUAAGGAUAUAUGGGUUCCUUAGGCUCGGCUCAGAAGAAAACUUGGAUGCCAAUUAUCACAGUGAAUUCCGUGGAGAUCGCUCUGAAAAAUAUUGGCACUACGAUUUUGGUGACAUGACUGAAAUAUUUGAUCAAAUGAUACAAAACAGGGCCCCUUGGCUUUGGAAUGAAUGCCUACAUGAUCAUCCCCGGAUCUCUUCUUCCGUGGAGCAACUCAAAGACCCAAAAAAGUAUGAAUUUAUUGUUUCCGGAAAAUUUCAUGGAAUCAAUGGUGUCAGAGAGUUGAAGAAAAGACCACAGUCUUGA